AUGGGACAGAGUCGAGACUACCAGCCGCUGAAUGGAGCUAAAAGGCAAACAGAGAAACGGUGUUUCUUGUGCUCGAGUACCGCACAUAACGCCGAAAAUUGCAAGCUCUCCAACGGUGGCAAGGGCGAUCAAAGAAAACCGUGUCAGAUAUGCGGAAGGCCAGGCCACCCUUCCUGGAAGUGCUGGAAGAAGGAAACAAACAAUGACCGUGCAUCAACGAAAGAAUCGGCAGCCGCCUGCAUUGAUGAAGGAUUCUUAGAGUUGAAGAACGGCGAGAGAGUCCCUGUCGUCAGUGCCGGCAUCACGGAAAAGUACACUGAAGUUACCGAGCGGCUUCCUGUGCUGACCGGCUUGGUGGGAGGCAGAGAAGUUCGCGUCCUCAGGGAUACCGGCUGCAACACGGUCAUUGUCAAAACUAGUCUGGUCAAUCACGAUGACUUUACUGGAACAAGCGCACCAGUCUACCUCCUGGACCGCUCAGUGAGGAUGCUGCGCGAGGCAUGGGUCGACGUUGAGACCCCAUUUUAUUCAGGCCGACUGAAGGCAAAAUGUAUUGAGAACCCCAUAUACGAUCUCAUCCUGGGUAACGUAGAGGGCGUACGACCAGCUGAUGACCCCGAUCUACACUGGAACCUCCAAAAGAAAUAUGAUGUUGGGAACAAUGUGGACGCAUCCCAAGACGCCAAGGCAGAGGGGCAGGAGCUGCUGACGGAUGACGGUACGGGGGAGGAGCAAAAGGGACAAGAAGUACCUCAAGCCAACCCCGCGGUUACGCGCUCACAAAGCUGUAGGGAAACCACUCGGAAGAAGUUGCGGGUACCUGAAGCUUCCCUGGACGUUAGCCGGGAAGCACUAGUCGAGGAGCAAAAAAAAGACUUGACAUUACAAGCUGGAUUCAAUCGCCUAAAUGUUGAGAAACACAGAAAGAACGGGGACCGCCACACGUUUUUCAUACAAGAGGGAUUACUCCAAAGAAGAUACGUGUCGAAGUCCGGGGAAGAGUUCUCACAAGUUGUCGUACCAGAAAAAUUUCGUGUCCCAAUAAUGCACUUGGCCCAUGAUGGCGCCAUGGGAGGACACCAAGGGGUGAAGAAAACGCUCUCGAAGGUUCGAACCGAAUUUUUCUGGCCGGGGAUGCAGGCUGACAUGAAGCGCUUCGUCGCGUCCUGUGACAUCUGUCGGCGGACUGCGCCUAAGGGACAUACCAGAAAAGUGCCCCUGGUCAAAGUACCCAUCAUUUCUACUCCCUUUGAGAAGGUGGCGAUUGACAUAGUUGGACCGCUUUUUCCCAGGUCAACCCAGGGCAACAAAUAUAUUCUCACGAUGGUCGACUAUGCCACUCGAUACCCAGAUGCUGUUGCGCUACCAAGUGUAGAAACCGAAAGGGUGGCCGAAGCGCUGGUGGAAAUGUUUUCGCGCGUAGGUGUGCCUCGCGAAGUACUCAGCGACCGGGGCACAAACUUCACUUCCGAAGUUAUGAAGGAAGUCAGCCGCCUGCUAUCUCUCAAACAGCUCCACACAACCCCGUAUCAUCCAAUGGCGAAUGGCCUGGUCGAGCGGUUUAAUGGGACGCUCAAACAGAUGAUAAAACGCAUGUGCCAGGAGAAACCGCACGACUGGGACCGUUAUCUCGCUCCGUUAUUAUUUGCUUACCGCGAAGUCCCACAGGAAAGUCUCGGAUUUUCUCCAUUUGAAUUGUUGUACGGAAGGACUGUUCGAGGGCCGCUGGCGGUUCUAAGGGAGUUGUGGACAAAUACGGCUCUUUCGGAAGAGUUGAAGACCACGUACGAGUACGUCAUUUCCCUACGGGAGAAGUUAGAACACACCUGUCGACUGGCGCACGAGGAAUCGGAGCGGUGCUUCUCCAAGAACACGAGCAGAUUCUCCACCCCGUGGCCUAUGCUAGUCGAAAGUUGCUACCCCGAGAGGUAG